GACGUAGCAGCACAGACUCACUUCUGACACAUUAAUGACCACAGUGAGCUCCCUGACACCAUGGUGCAUUUUACGACUGAGGAGAAGGCUGCUAUAGCUAGCCUGUGGGCCAGGGUGAACAUGGAGCUGGUUGGAGGUGAAGUCCUGGGAAGGCUCCUGGUUGUUUAUCCAUGGACCCAGAGAUUCUUUGACAAUUUUGGCAACUUAUCCUCUGAGUCUGCCAUCAUGGGCAACCCGAGGGUCAAGGCCCACGGCAAGAAGGUGAUGACCUCCUUUGGAAAUGCUGUUAAACACAUGGAUGACCUCAAGGACACCUUUGCUGAGCUGAGUGAGCUGCACUGUGACAAGAUGCAUGUGGAUCCUGAGAACUUCAAGCUUCUAGGCAACGUGAUUUUGAUUGUCUUGGCAACCCACUUCAGCAAGGAGUUUACCCCGCAGGUGCAGGCUGCUUGGCAAAAGCUGACAACUGCUGUGGCUAAUGCUCUGGCCCACAAGUACCACUGAAGGGCUUGUCUAACCAUGUGGGCACCUGCCAGAUGGCCCUGUGUUCCAAGAGUCCAUCUCCUGCAGAUGGGCACAGGGCCCUGCCUCCAGACUUAGGGGCUAUAUGAUAAAAAUAAAAUAAACAUUGUGUCUGUAAGGAACAUC